UCCCCCGGAAGCUGCGCGCGGUGGCGCCGGAAGUGAGGAGCGGAUUUCAAACCAACUGGCGGCAGCGCCCGGAGCCGCGAGCGGAAUCUGAGACCUCUGCUGUUGCUGUUGAAAUCGGAAACACAGAUAAACAUACCUGUUGAUUGUAGGAGGAAAGUAUGCCAAUUCGUGCCUAUUGUACGAUUUGUUCAGACUACUUUGAUAAUUUCAGGGAUGUGGCUGCCAUUCAUUGCGGACACACUUUUCACGGUGACUGUCUCGCUCAGUGGUUCCACAGUGCUCCUUCUCGAACCUGCCCUCAAUGUAGAAUAAAGGUCAGUGCAAGGUACGUUGUCAACAAGCUGUUCUUUGACGUAGGUGAGGGCGAGCAAGUGUUGGAUGCAGAAACUCUCCAGAAUGAGUUGGACAAUAUCAAAUCUCAGCUGUUACUGAAAGGGAAAGAAAAGAAGGACCAGCAAUCCAUCAUUGAUACACUGAGAGACACACUGGAUAAACGCAAUGCAAAAGUAGAAUCUUUGACAAAGGAGCUGAGUGAGGCAGAAAUGCUGUGCUCAACUCUCAAGAAGCAGAUGAGAUACUUGGAACACCAGACAAAUGACUCAAAAUCUGCAAAGGAGGAGGCACACAGGCUUCAACAGAAAUUGAAAACUGUAGAAAAUAUCCAGCUGCUGCUUCAAACACAGAGGCCAGAAGUUGAAGAAAUGAUUCGGGAAGUGGGAAUAGGACAAUCGGCAAUUGAGCAACUGUCCAUCUACUGCGUAUCCUUGAAAAAGGAAUAUGAAAACUUGAAGGCAACAUUUAGAUCCUCUAUGGAUAUAUCUGAGAAGCUCAAGAAAGAAAAUUUUACUUCCAGCUGCAAGUUGCAAAAGUGCGUGUCGCAACUGGAAAAACUGAAAGAGGACUUGCGGGCGUCACAGGAGGAUUUGCAAAAUGCCGACAGAGAGAUUAUGAACUUAAAGAAGAAAGUGGAAUUCCUACAAAAGUCCCUGAGUACACCGAAUCGUACCAAUGAAGCCAUCAACCGUCUAAUCUUUGAGAGCCCUGCUCCUGUAGAUUUACAAUACCCUAAACUACACAAGCCAGUCGCUGGGGAGGAUAUUGAUCUUUGUCAGGCAUACGACUUCGACACACCUGAUUGUAUUCCCCCAACAUCUCAGAGAACCUCAUCUAAGAAAAUCAAGCUAGACACAGACGGGUCAUCCACACCAAAUCGAUCUUCUAAAUUUCUGUACAACACAAAGAUAAUGAACAGAGAUGAGGAUGACCAUCUUCUCCCAACAUUCCUCCGAAAUUCUGUGUUAUUUCAAAAGAAGUCGUAUGGUAGCUCCUUGAAUCAACAAGGAAACCAAGGAUCAGUGCGGAUUGGCUUUGAUGGAUUAGGAGGAAGAAGCAAGUUCAUUGAACCUACUAAAAUGACUGAAAUACGUCCACUGUUGUUAAAGGUAAAGAGGAAGAAAGUGACACGGAUGACUGUAAACAGCAAUCAGCCCAAACUAAAGGAUUUCCUUAAAUGAUUCCCAAAUGUCAGCGAGACAAGGCAAUUGGAUGAAGCAGAACUGUACUGAGUGCCAGGAUAACAAGCGGGAAUUGUCUGUUAGGGUUGGUAGCACUGCCUGAACCCUUCCUGGAAAAGUGCAGCUGGCCUGCUAAGGAAUAUACGUACAAUAUGAAAAAUCUUCAAACCUACUGAUCCGAAAAGAAAAAAGACGAUUUCUUCACCAGUGCAUUUGAAUUGUUUCAACAAUUGGUAACCCACUGAAACUACCCUGGUUGUUGAGAGCACAAAUCACUUGGCAUUACAGAAAGAAAGAGGCAGCAUGAUAGUAACUGCCAUCGUCAGGGCUGGAGAUAGUGAAAGCAUGGGGAAAAUCUUCAAAUGAAAUUAUCUCAUGUUGGCAAAGAAGGACACAAAGUACCGGAGUAGGUCUGCUGGUCAGGCAGCAUCUAUCGGGAACAUGGAUUGGUGACGUUUUUGGUUUUGGACCCUCCUUCAGCCUGAAGAAGGAUCCCAACCUGAAAUGCCACCAAUCCAUCUACUCCAGGGAUGCUGCCUGACCCUCUGCAUUACUCCAGCACUUUGUGCCCUUUUUUUGUAAACCAAUAUCUGCAGUUCCUUGUUUCUACUUGUUGGCAAAGAUUUUGCAUCUCCCAGCCAAGAAAUCAUAACAUCUCGCCCCUGCCCCCCCCCCCGCAUUAGAGUAAAACAUUCCCAAGUCACGUAUAGCAUGGGUUAGUUGCAGAGUAAAUGACUGCUCCUCUGAAUCUGCUUUAACUGCAGCAAGCAUUAUCUAUUCAACCAUCUUCCUAUUUCCUGCCACAGAUAUCCUUUUCUAAAUGUGUUAUCAUUUUAGCAGCAAUUUGGUUUAGGUCUACACAAUUUUAGAAACUAAGUAAGUAUUAAUAAAUACCAUUCUUUCAAUAUCUUGCACCCAGUCCUACCUUAUUUCAUCAUGCUGUCGGCAAAUAGAGGAGGCUUUCGUCUCAAGUCUACGCUGGAUUUGAAAUGCUGAUGUUUAACUAAAUAUCAUUAAUUUGAAUGUUUCUUUGAGUCUGGUGUCCUCUGGUCUACAUUACCCCGGCCAUUUAGCUUGAUCCUAGCUCUGGCCCAAUUAUCCUUCACCAACUUCCUUAUACAGCACCACACACUAAAGGAGUAGCUCUCUCAAAUUGAAUUUUUCAAAUUCCUGUCAUUGACUGUAAAGUUAAUCACUUUUGGAACAGUUUUAAGCCUCUAUUUUGACAUUCUUUGUGUUGAUUUACAGUCUCACUUCAAGUACUGUGGGUGUUUUUGCUGACUUAGGAAUUUGAAUUGAUAGCUAUUUUGAUAGUGUCACAGCAGAAACACCAGUUUUUAAACAAUGCUCAGUGGUGUCCAGUGUCUUAGUCGGGCAGGGGUCUUGUUGUGUACAUAUAUGUUGAUCAGUGCCUUUUCUCUGUAUUCAAUCUUUCAGUCUCAUUGUUUUAAAGCUCUUUAGCAAAGUGAAAAGGAGGUCUUGUUUAUAAUCUAUGAAGGUGCUAGGUUUGACCUUGCUUUUUAUUUCCUUAAAUGUGACAGUCAAUGGCAUUGAGGAUACUUGCUGGUAUUGAUGUGUACAGAAUCCAACCAAACAUUUUUAGAGAUAGCCAGUUAAGGCAGGGUGGUUCAACAGUUUUGCAGCUCUAAUAAUCGCAGGUCCUCUGCCCUGUUAACUUCAGGUAUUCUUUCAAUCAAAUUUAAUCAUUGGUGGUAAUUUGUAAAACACAAAGAUUCAACUGGUUCUUCACAAAUGUUAAUUUUAACAGAUUUCUCAGAAGCAGUUCCGUGAUGUUGAAAAUGCCUUAAAUGCUUUGGUUGAUUGAAAACUGAUGCAUACUACAUAUUUGUAUCUCUAUAAAAAGAGCACUUACCCAAGAAAACGUGGAAGUUAGAACCUGCCCUCUUGAAUUGUUUCCAAAAUAUCCCAUUAAUAUUGUAUUGUAAACCAAACCCACUUGUGCCUUGUGUUGGGAACAUCUUAUCAAAACAUAAGGGCAUGCUUGUUUUUAAUGUGUCAACAUUUCUCUCCUGCAAUUGUUUCACCCCCUCUGCCUCGAUAUGUAUUGAUCCUUCUUUGGGCCAAAUCUUUUUUUAAUUGUUUUACUUCUGUGUGGAAUUGCUGAAGCUAUCAGCCUGCUUUCCCCUUCCAGGUGAUGACAUCCCAUCUGCCUGCUGGCAGUGCCCAGUUAAAUGGGCAUCUCCUUGGCUCUUGCUGAUUCAGGAAAUGAGUGUUCCAAUUUGAGUAUUUCAGAGAAGCCUAAUAAAUCAUUGCAAAUCAAAGAGUGCUUUCUGUUCUUACAAUCUUGCCUUGGUGUGCAGAAUGCUACAGCAGUCAAAUAAGUGGAAAAGGACAAAAAGUACACGAGUAACUCAGCAGGUCAUGCAGCAUCUCUUGAGAAUGUCACCCAUGAUCUCCAGAGAUGCUGCUUGACUUGCUGAGUUACUUCAGCACGUUGUGUCCCUUUGUAUAGUAAUCAGCAUCUGCAAUUCCUUGUUUCUAUACUCAAGACUAUUCAAUCCAUUGUGCCUGUGCCAGCCACCAUUUACUGCUCGUCUCUGAGCGUGAGGAGAAAUAUUUGAUGAAUGGAGUGUCACCCUUUGGAACAAGGAAUGCCCUUUAAUUUCCUUUACUUACUUUGUAACAUUUUAAUGGUCUUGCAUUCAGUGAUUCAUUCCUAAAAUCCAGAGCUAUUUUGCCGUGAAAAAUUAUAUAUUUAUCAAGAUUUUGUUAGAACAAAAGAUUAACUAUGGUCUGACACAAUUAUUUUUUUUUAAUUGGCUUGUUUGUAAAGUCUACGUUGAGUGAUUUGAACGUAGAGAAUAAUUAAUGUUGAGAAUCUCCUGAUAUCUUGCAGUGGAUAUUGGCAAGUGUUUGUGUGUCAUUUUGCUGCGCAAUAACAUUUGGAUUAUAUUUUUGAUGGACUUGUAUAAGUGCAGUUUUGGACUGAAAUUACAGAAUAACAGACUGAAUUUGGUGGAAUUGGUCAAGUUUCUUUCCACCAGCUCUUUGUUUUGUUUGAAAAUUUUUCAUUUUUUAAAACAUAUUGUCUUGUGUAUUUACCCUGAAAACUUCACUGGGAACAGCUUUCUCGAUUUUAUUUGCCUGUUCACAAACUGGGAUGUGUUUGCAUAACAUCAACAUGUUUGUCGAUAGACUGCUGGAGUAACUCAGCGAGUCAGGCAGCAUCUGUGGAAAGGCAGUAUCUCUCUCCAGAGACGCUGCCUGAUCCGCUACUCCAGCAUUUUGUGUCUAUCUUCGGUAUAAACCAGCAUCUGCAGUUCUUUCCUACACACUCAGCAUGUUUGUAAUUGACUAAGCAACAUCAAAACCUCCUAAACAUCUCUUGCCAUUCAAAAUCUAUUUAUAAGCAGAAAAAAAGAUAGUUGGUCACUGAUUUCAUGUGCUGAUUGAGUGAAAGCUUCAGAGGGAUCCAUUAUUUCAAAAAGAUUACAGUUGCCAUUUACUAUGGCCUGGAAAUUUGUAGAAGUGACCAUGUGUGAAAUUAAUGCAGUAUUUUAGCAUUAAAAUUGCAAUAUGGUCACACAUUUAUCUUCACACGGCAAUUAUCACAACAUUGCACAUCUGCAUUUAAUUUUUUGACAUACUUUGGCCUCUUCCUAUAAUCCUAACUGUAAUUGCACUGGUUUUGUGCCUCUUUACUGAAGCUGAAUGUGUGUGUUCAUCCCAUUGCUGAAUCCAGUCUGUGUUUUAUCUUUCUUGGGCAUGAAUCUGUGGGGCUACUUAUAUUUGUUGUAAAAUACCCAAACUCAAUAAAUACUUCCAGGUAGAA